AUGGAUUGCGACAAGGAUAAGUCAGCUGAUAACGAGACAGAGAAAAAAGAGGCCUGCGCUUCAUGUGAAUUAAGCCAGGAAACUAAAGAGUUGUGCGGACAAAUAGGACGAUGUUUGGCACGAAUCGGAGAUACAUUAAAUAGCCAGUUACGACUGACAAGAAAUGGACAAAACCUUCGACUGAACUGUCGAGAUCGCGAAAGACUCAACGAUGAUGAAACGAGACUGCGGACGGGGAUAAAUAAACUUCCGUAAUCACCGGAAGGUUUUUAACAAUCGAUUUGCGGUACUCGAAUGAAUAUAUUCCAAACACUAAAGGAAUUAUACGUGUAAAUCCAGACGGAGUUUAAUGUACUUUUUUUUGAGAUGAUUUAAUAUUCCAUGACAUUAUUAGCUACAAGCUUUGUACAUUUCGCGACGUCGAUGUUAAACGGAGAAGAGACAGAUACAGAAUUACGGAUUGUUUUAUAUAAAGAAUAUCCAGCCUAGGCAUCAUGUAAAUAUUUUUUUGACAACAGUGGCAGAAUAGCAAAUAAAAUCAGCUGAUGUAAAGCAAUAUUUUGGUACUUAGUUACCAUGGUUGCUCAUUGUUCUUCUUCCAGAGAAAAUUAGUACAAUGCUGCUGAAGUCGGAAAAACAAUGUAAAAAGUGGAACAAUAGUUCAUUGUGCUGUGUGCAAAAUGAAUGACUUCUUUGUUUAUAAUGACAACUUAUAUGUACCACAAGAUAAACGCUUUCAGGGCGAUUCGAACAGUUCUUUUUUUUCACAUUCAUUUUUUAAAGUGUAGGGGAAAACCCUGGAGACAACGUCAAUGAAAACUCUCCUGCUAUCACCGCCAUGACCUUGAAUAAUGAACCUUUGAAGUGGACUACGCCGAAUGAUUUCGCCUUUUCUUUCAAUGCACUAUGACAAAUUUGAUUAAAAAUGUUUUGACGAGCAAAGUAGAACAGGGAAACCUUUGUUCUCUAUAUGCUCCGUUCAGACAAGCCUUGUGCCGCGAGCAACGUAUUGCAUAACAUACCCCGCGGCUUUAUCAGCAUUAUGCUAAAUUUUGGAGGCAUCAGUUUCCUCAUGUAUUAUUAUUAUUAGUUUAUGAAAUCUAAACUUGCGCCAAAGGUCUGUUUGGCAACUUGAAAACUUCUCAAAGAAAUAUUUGCCCCAAAUUAGCUUUAAUCAGGUCGGUUUGCUAUAAACUGUUACAUAAUAUCUCCCAAAGAAUUUUAAAAUCCACCUUGCAAAAACUGACCCACUUCUAAUAUCAAAGCUCUUCAUUGCGAUGAUUCCAACCCAUUCAUGAUGAACUCGUGAUUAUUAAACACGGUAUCUGUAUCAAUAUCACGAGUUGUUUUUGUGUUCACGAGCUGAGACGGUAAUAAAAGGCAAUACUGAAAUAACCAAACUGUGACUCCAGAUCUAAACAGUUAGCCUUUCUUUUUAGACUAUCCCUGUUCAACAGCGAUCUCAUUUCAAUGCAAACUAAAAGAACACGAACAGUGUCAUUUGGAAAAGAAUUAGGAUUUGGUGCAUGUUGAUAAACAAUCUAAAAUCAAGACGAUGACUUUGCACUCAAGUGACGCACACAUGCAAUAUCCGUUAAACAACUCACAAAAAUACUGUAUGCCAUGCACCCAAAAUUAUCAAAUGUUGAGCCUGCGAACCCAUAAAAUUUUCACUUUUGAGAUUUGGCAACAGGUCACCCUUUUCGCUUCGAAUACGUUUGAACAGCGUAAACAUGUUGGCUCGCAGAAUAGGGUCAAGACAUUCGUUUCAAAAAUAAGGAGAGUUUCACAACAGAAAAAAUAUGCGCCGAAAAAUAUGCGCUGAUUGGCGUUCACUGCCUCCCGCGAGGCUAUGGUUCGUGAAAGGAAAGUUUCAUAUGAAUCGAUUUUGGUUAAAGAAGCGACAAUUGAAAGAAUUGUAAACUGUAUUUAUAAACAUAAACUACCUUCAAGUAGAGCAGUUUUAAACAGGCCAAGUAUUGAUUACCUGCACUGAACAAUUAAUGUGGAACGCCAAACUUACAAAUGCAAAAGCAGGUAGCUAGCUUGCUCUGAGGGGACGACUGAGGAGGGUCAUUAGUUGUUACUGAACCGCUCCAGAACUAGAGCCCGCUAAAGAUGAUCAAGGCAUGCUCAAGAAAGAUCAGUCCUUUCUGUAAAGCCGUGUUAUGAGAAAUCAAAAAGUAUUGCUGUAAAAUAGGCCUUGGUUUUGCCUAAAUAAGAUAAAAUUGCACCCAGUCUUAAAUGAGAAGUAAUAAAUAUAAUGAUAGGAUAAUUAACAUUUAUAUGGCGCUGUUUUCUACUAAUUGUUCAAAGCGCUAAAGGCGACAUCAAUAAUCUAUUUACGUUUUGAACAAUGAAAGUCUUCCGGCUAAUCUUUUUUUUGUUAUAAGUCUUCUGACCAAGUUUUCGGAGAGAAAAUAAAAGAACGUCUUUAAAAGCUGCCUCAGUUAAACCUUACUUCUCGUGGAUAUCAGACCAAACUUAAAGGAGCUUAAAACGACGACAGCCAACGGCAGUGAAAAAGCAUGGAUAAUAGUCACCCAAAAAGUGAAUUCUCGCUGUUUCCAACUUCAUCGCCUUUAUUCCAACUCUUUUAAUGCGUCAAAUGUUGGUGAUUCUUUCAGAAGUUGAAUCCCGACGGACUGUAUCUAAGUUCACAAAACGAAAAGGAAAAUCGUUGCUUUAUGCGUUCACGUCCUCCAUAAAACGUGAAAUUAGGAAGUUUCGGCAAAAAAAAUGUGCAAAAAACGUGAUGCAGGUGCAAAGUUGCUGUUUUGUCAAUUUACUCUAUUGCUUGGUUUUGGCCUUCUCUUUGCCGUCGACGUCGUCAUUGCUUUUAUAAGCUCCCUUUAGACUUCAACACGACAGAGAACAUAUUAGCCCUUUAUGUUGGGGUUUUUAUAUAAUUAUGUACUCUUGACUUCUCUAAUUCAACUAUUCCACGUAACAACCGACUGUAGUCAUCAUCUUGUAUCACAAGACCUUCGCAAAAAUUUUCCAUUAGAUUGCAUUUGUCUUGAGUUCGAUUUUAGGCGACUUCUGUUAACACUGCAGCCCAUUUCACACCUCUCAGCGUUCGCUGAAUCACAUCUCGCCACUACAAGUUAACCAUGCAUUUCUUAUGAGCCAAUCGUUAACAUUUUGGCCAAUUCAAGUCAUCGUUCAAUCCCUAUCCAAAUUCUGUUUUCGUUAUAUCAAAAUAAAGAAACGUUGACAUUUGCUUUUCUGCUAAUGUGAUAUUGACAAGUGAAAAAGUUUUGUUCAUUUUUAUUUAGUGGUCUCUGGUUAAGCUGGGCGCUACUCGAACGUUUGAAAGAAUAUAAGAAUACUAACUAUGCUGGCGUUGCUCCAUAUUAUGGUGAUACACGUGUUUCCCGCGCGUCUGAUAACACAUGGAAAUAACUAUGUAUUCACCUUGAGGUUAAUCUCGUGCUAAAAGCAUACGCCUAUACUCGCCCUAAUACUUGUCUAUACUGAAAUACCAGAUUUGAAAAACACGUUAAAAUUUUUUUUCUAAAUGGUAAUACCUCACUGGAAACUUUUUAAAGUUCGUCUCUCUAUGAUACUGAAAUAACAUGCACGAGAAUAAAACAUAUAACUUAAUUGGCGAAAGUCAGUUGGAAAACUUUUCAAUUAACCAUGUUCAAACUGUAGAAUUUCAUUCACUGAUUUAAACGUUCUUAGGUAAUCAAUAAUCAAAUGGUACAGAAAUUUUCUUCUUCAAAUCACCUUUGUUCCCUUCAAACACGCAUAUCAGAACAACAAUAAAUAAGAGCAAAAAUCUGUAUAAAAUUUGUUAAACUCGUUUUACGCUAACCCAGCGUCAAAUCUCGCACACACCCAUUAUCUUCCCCAUUCACUAUUAAAAUGUUUAGAAAUGGUAAAAUUUAAAUCAUUAAGUUGUCAUAUGUUGAAAGUUGUGAAUAUAUAAAAAACUGCAACUACUCAACGUUUAGUGUUUGUGCAUAAUUACAGAAGUUGACAACUUUUCAAAAUAUAUUUUUUCUUACUUAAACAUUUUUUCUGAAAGCAUAUUGCUUACUCCCUUUAAUUUUGCCAUUUUUUCUCUGAACAUGGCGCAAGUCCUCAUUCUACCAAGUUCAUUUUCAUGAAUCUACAGGUUUUUCUAUAAGCUCAUUCAUAUUUAAACUCGUACAGUACUGAUUCAUAUUACGAUUAGAAAUCUUUCAAGUAAUUCACUUCGUAAAAAAUUUAACGUUCCCAUUUUUUCAUUUGAAUAAAGACACAAUUUUAUCGAACACAAAAGUACUGAAGUAGUUUUUUGCGUGAGUAAAAUCUCUCUGUAUUUUUUGUCUGUCUACCAGAUAUAAUCCGUUCUAGCGACACUUGAUCGACUGGAUAGCAAAUUUUUAAGUGAGUUAGACUAAUCUUUUUCAGAUUUUUCUUUCAAAUUAUUGCGAUUCAUCACUAUUCUCACAUUUAUAAUUGGUUUUAUUUUGUGUUUUGUUACCCUAUAAAUUUUCCUUCUUCUUGUGCUGUGGAAUUAUUUCACUUGACAAUGAAUGUCAUUGAAUUGAAUAGUGAAUGAGAAAUCUAAAUCUAAGCCUUUCGGGUUUGGAUCCCCUCGGUUCGACUUUGAUUACGUAACAAUUGCUCAUUUUGUAACUAUUGCUCUUUAGUUACAUUUCUCGGUUUUUCUUUACUUAAUUUUGUUUGUUUUAAGGUAGGUAUUUUGUCUAAUGGUAUGUCGAUAUUAGACGCUUUCUUUUAGAAGCUUUCUGACUGUCAGAAGUAAACAGAUCAGUUUAUUUCAUCAACGGAAAUUCUAACCUGGAAAUAGACUUUUUAAAAGUUUGUAGUGCUGGGUCAUCAGUCAGUAAAGAAAACAUUUUUUGAUUUAUUCUCUUCGAGCACCUUAGCAGAGAAUUUUCUUCUUUUAUGUUGAGAGGGCAAAAACAAUUAUUUCUCUUAGUACCUGGAAAACGUAAUACAUGUUGCAUCUUAAAACGUUUGAAUAGGAAUUAAUGAGAAAAUGAGGAUUAAUUUCCAAAUGAAAAAGGUGACAUGCAAGUUACGUACUCUAGCUGCUGUAAUAAUCUGACGAAGUAUCGAUUAAGAUCGUGAACAUUUUGUUCUUAAUCAGAAGAAAUUAUUCACGAUUAAUUUCUGAGUAAUAGCCUCCAUUUACACAUUUUUGUCUGAUGGCGGAUUAGAUGUAACUAAAGCAUUUCAACAUUGGACACUUUCCUUGUCCUGACAGUCUUAGUGGUCCUACCUUCUACCAACGUUAUAACAUUUUGAAGAAGCUAUAAGGCUCCAGGAAAUCCACUGCUCUGAGGAUGAGUACCAAUACAAAAUUAGCCAGUUUUUGCUGUAGUAGCAGACCACUGUUCGAAUUCAGGGACCUUAUACAGACUAUUAGGUCAAUUUCAUGUCAUCAGCGUAUUUGUGUUGAUCCGGAAUAUUAAAAAAACCGCAAGGAGUCGAAAGUUCAAAUGAUAUUUUGUGACCAAUGAGAAUUCGCCGUCAGAAUUUCAUGGAUUGAACGAAAUUAUCGUAUCGGCGACACGAGUUUGAGCCGCGCCCUCAAUCUACGAACUAUGACCGUUACACAGUUAUUUCAAUGAUUACAGUGUAACCAUGUCAUCGAAUUCACGAUCAUUUUUUUCACUCGAAAAAGAAAAUUUAAUAAAAACAGCUAUAUACCUAUUGAUGUCCCUAAAGUCAAGUAUUACAGCAAAGUCGUUUUUGUGCCUACUGAAAGGGUGUUUCAUUCAAUGAACGAUUUAAGGCCAUGACGUAAUCCAGAACAGAUACUACCGGUCUCCUCUUUCCUUUUGGAAUUCAUCCACAUGAAACCUCUUCCGCAGCACUUUCACAUGAUACUAUAUAUUAACUUUGUAGUCUGAGUCUAACUUUUGAAUCUGUGGAUUAAAUCUUUUGGUAUGACCAUUCAAAUGAAACCUCGUUAACAGUACUUUCACAUGAAACUAUUUAUUUAUGUAGUUUAAAGUCAGUCUUACUUUUGAGUAGUCUAACGUUUCAGUCUGUGGAGAAAGUUCUAUGGUGUGACCAUCGUAAUGUACUUUCUCGAGGUACUAUCCACUGAUCUAGUUUGUGGUUUUAGAACUAUGAUCUAAAAUCCCAUGGAGGCCUAUCGAGUUACCAAUGGUACUAUUAAUUUAACAGCAUUAAACAAAGCGAAAUUUGACACUGAUUUUGUAUCAAUACAUUCUUUCAGCCUUUGUCACAAUGAAGAAGCGAAAGGGUAAAAAUCUAUGUUCUUGACGACCUAUUUGAAAUUAUGUGUUCCCAAACAAACUUUAUUCCGCUUUCAAACCUAAAACGUCCUUGCAAAAGGCAGGCGAAGUUUUUGUCACUACUUUGAUGUAUUCUCUGAUUGCAAUUCUUCUUCGCGUUUGAGUUUUUCCUCCAUUUUUAAUCACAUUACACGAAAAGUGAAUUGAAGUUUUUCUUUCUGCUAGGGUAUUUUCUGUAGAUGCGUGUAAUUAUGUGACUAUAAUGACUGUAUUUCUCCUUUAAAUUCAUUUCCUGGCCGUUGACGCUAACUUUUUCAUCUGCUAUUUUUGCUGCACACAGGUCUGUAAGAAUGUGGAGGAAUAUACAUUGUGAUUCAAGAGAGAACUUACUUAAAUAGAUGGAUAGGUUUUUUACUGGAUCAAACAUGUCUGAUUUUGUUUUAUUCCUGACGAGUUCGAAUAAGCCACAAUUUUCAAUACCCUUCAACGUAACAAAUGCAUUAUUAGGGAGCUUAAGCAUCAGCGACGGCGACAGCUGCGAAAACGUUCCUUAAAAAGUGAAUUCGCGCUGCUUCAAACUUCAUCGCGCUUAUUCCAUCUUGUUCAAUUCGUCAAAUGUGAACGAAUUUUUCUGAAGUUGAAUUCUACAUGAAUUUUAAAUUCUAUUGAAGUUGAGAAAAAGAAAAAGAAAAUCGUUGUCCUGUUUCACGUCCUCCACAAAACGUGCUUCACGUCGUAGUCUUGCAAGGACGGAAAAAAAUGUACAAAAAAGCGUGAUGCUCUAAACCAAUUACUUUUCUGCCGAUCUUGUUGCCGUCGCCGUCGUCGUUGUUACUAACAGUUCUCUUGGUCAUAAGAUACCUCUCUCCUCUUCAUAGGCCUCUUUGUGUCGUAGGAAGACUGGGGAGGGAGAAAAACAAAGCGCUCGAGGGACGAUGGGAGGAAAGCAGUGGUACCGCUUUUCCCCCUUCUCAUCGUCCACCGCGCGCUUUGCUAUUUUUAUUGGAAUACCCAGCGGGGGCCUCUGCGGUGGAGAGAGAUAA